AUAUAUAUUAAGGAAAUAGAACUGUUAUGAAUAAAGUUUAAGCUGCUAAGUGUUGUUUGAAUGAUUCAUUUUAGUGCCUAGUAUUCUACUAAAAUGUUUUGGAUGACAGGUCCAUCUAUUUGAAUAGUUCCAAUGAUGUUGUUGCUUUAUGUUGGUACCAAACUACUUUUAAAAAAUAAACCUGCAGUGAAACUCAUAAGGGUGAAUAAAUCAGGACCACUGUACCCUAGAGAGCAUUAAAUGUGAUUUGCUAUUUUGUUGAAGAUGGUGUGGUACAAUUAUUCACUUGCAAGAAAUGUGCUCCUGUUUCAGAUUUUUGGUAGUUGAAGGCUUCUUGCUGUCUUGGGAAAGGCCUGAAGUUUUGAAAUGGCUCUUUCUGUUUUGAUUUUAAUGGGUUUUUUUAAUAUAUACUUAUUAUGCUAGACUGUACUUAAGUUUGAGUUUCUGGUAACUGUUAACCAUUCUCAAGUUGCUUCUAGAUGAGAAGCAAAGGAAAGCAAAAACCAAAGCUGCUUUAGUGAUUUAUAUAGGGGAGAACAGGUUGCAGCUAUUUGCAGAGGGGGGGGGGGGCUAAACUACAAGAAUAUUUUUAAUGUCUACUUUAUUAAUUUACCGUAGUAUUAAUAUUGCAUAUUAGUGGGUCUGGUGCAAGUGUAACCAAAAUAAGUGAGCUUAAUUAACACCUCUUUUAGUUUAAGGCUGUGCAUGGACACUUCUUUCAGCUGAAAAGUGAUCUUUUUGAUUUUCAAAUUAUUUGGGUUUUAUUACAAUGGGACCAUCUUAACUUAAAACAAGUGUCUGCACAUUUGACUCUCAAUGAAAUGAGCAAAGAUGUGAAUUGGAAGAGAUUUCGGGGUGUAGAGAUUUCAUUCUUUCAAUGCCAAUUUGCAUGUAGGCAUAGCCUUAGGUUUUUAGGACUGUAGUUUUGAAAGGUCUUAAAUAGUGUUAAUCCUGCAAUGCUGUGGAGGUGAGAAAUGAAUUGGAGGAUAGAUGACAAAACUAGUCCUUAAUUCAGUUUCAGUGGUAGUGUUUUGCAAAUGCCUAUUGUUUUCUGUUUUGUAGUCUUUAUUUUUUUUUAACUUACAAUUUCUUCAGAACAUUUCCAGUCUGGCUUCCCAAUUAGUUGUUACCUGUCCUCUUCCUUUACUUUUUUCAUGUUUCCUUUUUGUUUCCUUGCAAGAUUUCCUUCUUAUGAAAGCAAACGAGACUACCAAGGAAUGUUCUUAAGUUACCAUCUUUCUGUGUGAAUCUUGUUUCUUUUGAACUUUGGUUUUAUAUAUUUUCUAAAAGAGGUGCUUUAGACAUGAACAUAAUGUUUUUGUUUUUACACAUACAGUCACUUCCCUGGGUUUCAAAAGUAGAUACUUUGAAUGGAGAUAUGAGAUGUUUUACCUGAGGUACGUCAUCCAGUCAUCUGUGUCAACCACCACGUAUUUUGUUCCAUUUGUAUUGAUGUGUGGCUGAAGAACAACAGUCAGUGUCCAGCUUGUAGGAUUCCUAUCACCCCUGACAAUCCCUGCAAGGAGAUUAUUGGAGGAACAAGUGAAAGUGAACCAAUAUUUAGUCCUACAGUCCGAAAGCAUCUUCGCAAAACCAGACUUGAACUGCUCCACAAAGAAUAUGAGGAUGAAAUAGAAUCCCUGCAGAAAGAAAUGGAAGAGCUGAGAGGUAAAUAUCUCAGUUUAGAGUCACAGUUGAAAACAGUCCUGGAUCCUGAGGCCUCUGGUUUAUGUAACAAAAAUGAAGAAAGCUCUCAGACCACAGAGGAGGCAAGUGGAGCUGUCCCAGAAACUCUGGAGGAGUUGACCAAAAAGCUGAAAGCUGCUAAUGACCUAUAUGAAAAAAUGAAAGAUGAAGCAGAAAAGUUAAAGGAGACGAAUAAGAAACUGAGCCUGGAAAACAGUGGCCUUUUGAGAGAGAACUUGCGACUGAAGGCUGAAGUUGAUAGUAGAUCACCCCAAAAAUUUGGUCGGUUUACAGUAGCUGCACUUCAGUCCAGAGUAGAGCAGUGUGAACGUGAAAUGAAUCGUUUGAAAAAAGCACUAGAAAGGAGUGAUAAAUAUAUAGAAGAACUGGAGUGUCAUCUUUCACAACUAAAAGGGCCAAGUGAGACUAACCAAAGUGAGAAUAUUGUUAGUGAGGGAGUACUUUCCACGGAUGAUAAAGGAAGUGAAAGCAGUGAGGAUGAUGCUGCCUCAUUAAAAAGCCAAGUAGAAAGCCUAGAGGAAAAGACUCUGACUACCAGUCAAAAUCAGGACCAGCCUGAGCGACUGAGAGAUUGUGGAGCAUGCUCAACCUCUGCUAGUCAAGACAGUUUGGAUGGGUCAAACACUCAGUGUCCCACAAAUAAAGAACUGUUUUCAGGUUGUCAGGAAGUUCUCUUGGCUAUAGCUACUACAAAUACAGAUGCUGACUUAGAGCAACAGUGGGAGAAAAUUGAGGAUCGUGAAGCUUAUAAAGAUGAAGAAAUAUAUGAGCUUCCAGCACCUUGUACACCUUCUUUGUCUCUUAGUUGUCUCCAUUUGAACACCCCUGACGUUAAAGAAAGUCCUGUUAUAAAACAAGAGGACACAAGAAAGCCACCUGCCUUCCUAAGGAAAUUGGAAUUUGAGGAUUUGUGUGAUGCUCCAGAGGACUGCAACAAAGCUUCUCCAGAGGACAGUGUAAGCAGCUGUAACAAUGAAAAUAAGCUAACCUGUUUUACUUCAACAAAACCAGUGUUUUGGGAUAGCUGCCCAACAAACUACACUGAGAACUUAGAUUUUGAUGCCUCCCAGCAAAAUAUAAUCACUAAUCAUUCAGGAAAGCUACCAGUAAAGUCCAUUGAGAAGACAAGUGUGUGCUUAUCUAAAAGGUUACAUACUAUUUCCUCUUCUGAAAUGAACCGCACACGAACAUCCAGUGAGGCAUCCAUGGAUGCUGCCUAUCUUGAUAAAAUCUCUGAGUUGGACUCUAUGAUGUCUGAAUCUGACAACAGCAGGAGUCCUUGCUACAAUUUUAAAUCCUCUGACCUUGAUAAUCCUUCAGAGUCGACGGAGAGUUCUGAACUUAUGAAUGAAACAGAUAUGAAGCUGGAAGAAAGGAAUGAACAAAAGAGUUCAAAAUGCCUGGAGUCAAAUGACCAGCCAGCAGACAGAAAUGACUGGAAAUCGGCUAUGUUUUCUGUCCUUUCUCCAUCUGGACUACACCUGAAUGAGCGCUUCCGACUGUUUUCAAGCCAAAAUUCUGAAACUGCUGAAACGAAAUCUCAGAAUUGUUUGUUUCAAAGAGAAUUUUCUCCAAGUAUUCUGUUCAGUAAUUCACAAAGGUUAUUUGAAGAACAGAAGUUUGGUUCCUCUUUUUUUAAGGUGUCUCCUGAUGUGCAUAAUCCACUUCAGUCUCCUUGGGCAGCUUCCUUCAUUCCUGAAAAGAAAAAUAAGAGUGUUAAUCAGUCAACCAAAAGGAAAAUUCAGAGCAGUCUUUCUAGUGCUAGUCCUUCAAAAACUACUAAAAACUGAUGCUUGUAAGUUUUGAAGUUCUUAUUCUUGGUGCCAAAUUAAGAACAGUUCCCAGUGAACUUGAUCUUCUUGUGAGUUCCAUUGUGACCCUUUUGACCAAGUGAAAGUGAAUAUUCCUUCUUCAAAUCUAUUACCCCACUGUUUAAUUUUAGAGAAGAACCCUUCAGUUUUCUUCUUUGAUUAAGCAUCUUUGUUCUGUACUCCUUGGAUUUCUUGUUUAAUUGCCAGGUUACAUAAUUUUUGUGUUGGUGAACAGCAGCUCUAUCCUCCAUGAAUGACGGAUUUUAAAUUUAAGCCAUCCUGUUAAGAGGAACGAACUUGUUUAAAAUAUUGCAUUUCCUGUGCUAAAAGAAAACAUUCUUUUAUGCAUGUAAACCUGUUACUGGUUAUAGUAUGGUUUCAUUCAUUUGCUAUUAAACAUUGGAAAUUCUUGUCCUAAAACUUUUGACUUCCAUGAAUAACUGUUUCUGCUUAGAUCUGCCUGCAUAGCAGUAUAGCAGUUUUCUGUGCUGGACCUGGAAGGUGGGUGGGU